UUCAAUCUCCAUUCCUAUUCUCAUUUACCAAUUAUUGCCAUUCUUCUACUUCCACACUUGAAGAUGCACGCUUCUUGACAAAUAACUUCAAAUCUGCUUCUCUUACCCACCUUGAUGAUGCCAUUGCUUCCUUCAAUCAUGUAAUUCAUAUGAAUCCUCUUCCUUCUAGGGCUCAAUUUAGUAGAUUCUUAUCUGCCCUUGUGAAAAUGAAACAAUAUCACACUGUCUUUUCCAUGUCCAAAACAAUUGAAUUGGUAGGAAUCUCUCACGAUGUUUAUUCUAUUAACAUCUUAAUUAAUUGCUUCUGCCGUUUACAUCUUGUGGAUUUUGGCUUCUCUGUUUUCGGGAAGAUGUUCAAAUUCGGAUUGGAGCCUACCACUGUGACAUUUACUACCUUAAUUAAUGGGCUUUGUAUGGAGAGUAAAAUCGAUAAAGCAGUGGAAUUUUUUGAUGAUAUGGUUGCACGUGGUUAUCAACCUGAUGUUCGUACUUACAGUACGAUAAUAAACGGAAUGUGUAAAUUUGGGAAAACAAAUGUGGCUAUUGGGCUACUAAAGGGAAUGGCUGAUAGAGGUUGUGAGCCAAAUGUUGUGACAUACAAUGCAAUCAUUGACGCACUUUGCAAGGAUGAGCUAGUUGGUGAGGCUUUAGAGCUCUUCUCUCAAAUGAGGAAUAAGGGCAUUUCACCUGAUGUCAUCACUUACACUGGUUUAAUUCACGGUGUUUGCAAAUUAGGCCAAAAGAACCAAGCUUUGGCCUUGAUGAAUGAAAUGGUGGAGCAGAACAUAUCACCUGAUGUUUAUACCUUCAAUGUAUUGAUUGACGCUCUUUGUAAGGAUGGAAUGGUUUCAGAGGCUCAAAAUACAUUCAAUAUAAUGAUUCAAAGAGGUGUAGAGCCUAAUGUGGUCACCUACACUUCCUUAAUUGAUGGUCUUUGCAUUUCAGACCAUUUCAGGGAAGCUUUGGCCUUGUUGAAAGAAAUGGUGGGGAGGAACAUAUCCCCUAAUGUUUUUACCUUCAAUAUAUUGAUCGACACACUUUGUAAGAAAGGACUCGUUUCAAAUGCAGAGAAUAUAAUCAAAAUAAUGAUUCAAAGAGGUGUGGAACCUACCGUUGUCACUUAUAGUUCAUUGAUGGAUGGAUAUUGUCUAGGCAGCCAAAUUGAUAAGGCUAGAAAGCUAUUUGAUCUGAUGGUGACCAAUCAAAUAGCUGACAUUUUUAGCUACAACAUUUUGAUCAAUGGAUAUUGUAAGUGCAAAAUGAUAGAUGAUGCAAAGCAGAUUUUUUAUGAAAUGUCUCAUAAAGGUUUAGUUCCUGAUACUGUUACUUAUCAUACUCUUAUAAAGGCUAUGUUUCAAGCAGGGAGGCCCCAAACUGCAAAAGAGCUUUUUAAGGAUAUGUACUCUCAUGGUCAACAGCCAAAUAUAGUAACCUUCUCAAUUAUGAUUGAUGGCUUGUGUAGACAGGGGAAUCUCGAUGAGGCACUCACCCUAUUGAAAGCAAUGGAGAAAAGUCAGUCGAAGCCUAAUUUUGUGAUCUAUAGUAGCCUGAUCAAUGGUAUGUGCAAAGUUGGGAAGAUUAAUGAUGCCAAGGAACUUUUUUCUAGUCUUUUUGAAAUUGGUUUACAACCUGAUGUUUAUGUAUAUAAUGCAAUUAUGAAUGGACUCUGCCAACAAGGAUUAAUGGAUGAAGCGUAUAAGGUAUUUAAAGACAUGGAAAAGGUAGGAUGUUUACCAAAUAAUUGUUGUUAUAAUAUCAUCAUUCAAGGGUUUCUCAGGCAUGAGGAUUUACCAAAAGCAUCAGAACUAAUCAACGAAAUGGUUGAUAAGGGGUUCUCUGCUGAUGAUGCUACCACAGAAUUGGUAGUACAUUUAUCGCAGAAUAAUAAUCUCAUUCUGAGGCUUUUAAAGUUGCGCAAUGAGGGAUCAAGCGCAGGAUAUACAGUCCCAGAAUACAAGGUAAGAGAAUCACUAGACUUCUACAACUGUUGUUUUUGUGAUUCUGCAUCCAUGCGAAAUGGUUUGUUAGAGAAGGUGGGUUUGACAGGGUACAUAUUGAGAGUAUCCUUGCCACUUUACCAGGCAGAGAGCCUUCUUUUUCCGAUUCUCUAUUUCCUUUCCUCAUUCCCAAUCUCCGAUCCAUCCCUAAAAACAACUGACGAGAGAUCGAUGAUGAUGAAGAUGCCUUGGAGGAGGAAGAGCAGGAGCUUCCAUCUUCAGCUACAAGGGGCAAUUGGUACCAUUCAAUCUCCAUUCCUAUUCUUAUUUACCAAUUAUUGCCAUUCUUCUACUUCCACACUUGAAGAUGCACGCUUCUUGACAAAUAACUUCAAAUCUGCUUCUUUUACCCGCCUUCAUGAUGCCAUUGCUUCCUUUAAUCAUGUAAUUCAUAUGAAUCCUCUGCCUUCUAGGGUUCAUUUUAAUAGAUUCUUAUCUGCCCUUGUGAAAAUGAAACAAUAUCACACUGUCUUUUCCAUGUCCAAAACAAUUGAAUUGCUAGGAAUCUCACACAAUGUUUAUUCUCUUAGCAUCUUAAUUAAUUGCUUCUGCCACUUGCACCUUGUGGAUUUUGGCUUCUCUGUUUUUGGUAAGAUGCUCAAAUUCGGAUUGGAGCCUAACACUGUGACAUUUACUACCUUAAUUAAUGGGCUUUGUAAGGAGAGCAAAAUCGACAAAGCAGUGGAAUUUUUCGAUGAUAUGGUUGCACAUGGUUAUCAACCUAAUGUUUAUACUUACAGUGCGAUAAUAAACGGAAUGUGUAAAUUUGGGAAAACAAAUGUGGCUAUUGGGCUACUAAACGGAAUGGCUGAUAGAGGUUGUGAGCCAAAUGUUGUGACAUACAGUGCAAUCAUUGACGCCCUUUGCAAGGAUGAGCUAGUUGGUGAGGCUUUAGAGCUCUUCUCUCAAAUGAGGAAUAAGGGCGUUUCACCUGAUGUCAUCACUUACAAUAGUUUAAUUCACGGUGUUUGCAAAUUAGGCCAAAAGAACCAAGCUUUGGCCUUGAUGAAUGAAAUGGUGGAGCAGAACAUAUCACCUGAUGUUUAUACCUUCAAUGUAUUGAUUGACGCUCUUUGUAAGGAUGGAAUGGUUUCAGAGGCUCAAAAUACAUUCAAUAUAAUGAUUCAAAGAGGUGUAGAGCCUAAUGUGGUCACCUACACUUCCUUAAUUGAUGGUCUUUGCAUUUCAGACCAUUUCAAGGAAGCUUUGGCCUUGUUGAAAGAAAUGGUGGGGAGGAACAUAUCCCCUAAUGUUUUUACCUUCAACAUAUUGAUCGACACUCUUUGUAAGAAAGGACUGGUUUCAAAUGCACAGAUUAUAAUCAAAAUAAUGGUUCAAAGAGGUGAGGAGCCUAAUGUUGUCAAUUAUAAUUCAUUGAUGGAUGGAUAUUGUCUUUGCAAGCAAAUUGAUAAGGCUAGAAAGCUAUUUGAUCUGAUGGUGACCAAUGAAAUAGCUAACAUUUUUAGCUACACCAUUUUGAUCAAUGGAUAUUGUAAGUGCAAAAUGAUAGAUGAUGCAAAGGAUGUUUUUGUUGAAAUGUCUCAUAAAGGUUUAGUUCCUGAUGUUGUUACUUAUUCUACUCUUAUAGAGGGUAUGUUUCAAGCAGGGAGGCCCCAAACUGCUCAGGAGCUCUUUAAGAACAUGUGCUCUCAUGGUCAACAGCCAAAUAUAGUAACCUUCUCAAUUAUGAUUAAUGGCUUGUGUAGUCAGGGGAAUCUCGAUGAAGCACUCACCCUAUUGAAAAAAAUGGAGGAAAGUCAGUUAAAGCCUAAUCUUGUGACCUAUUGCAUUCUGAUCAAUGGUAUGUGCAAAGCUGGCAAGAUUAAUGAUGCCAAGGAACUGUUUUCUAGUCUUUUUGAAAAUGGUUUACAACCUAAUGUUCAUAUAUAUAGUGCAAUUAUGAAAGGACUCUGCCGACAAGGAUUGAUGGAUGAAGCGUAUAAGGUAUUUAAAGACAUGGAAAAGGUAGGAUGUUUACCAAAUAAUUGUUGUUAUAAUAUCAUCAUUCAAGGGUUUCUCAAGCAUGAGGAUUUACCAAAAGCAUCAGAACUAAUCAACGAAAUGGUUGAUAACGGGUUCUCUGCUGAUGCUGCUACCACAGAAUUGGUAGUACAUUUAUUGCGGAAUAAUGAUCUCAUUCUGAGGCUUUUAAAGGUGCGCAAUGAGGGAUCAGCAAACUAAAGUUGUUAUAUCUUGACCAUUCAAGUGUGUCUUGGAGCGCAACUUGACAUGGACUAGAUCUCUUUGAUAUAAGAUUGUUGAUGAAUGGAGGUCAUGGAUUUCUAAUCAUCAAGUUGCUGGUACUUGCAAGGAUAUGACUACAACUUCACCUUUCUAACCAUAAAGGGCGCAGGAUAUACAGUCCCAGAAUACAAGCCAGAGUGUGUUGAUGGAAUAGCAACUGCAAUUGGUCCUACUAGCGAUUGGAAUGCUAAUUUAGCUUCAGGUAUUUAACAGGACUUUUUGUCCAAAUGUAUUUAUGAACAAGUUCAUAAAAGGCAGGUUAGCUCUAUAUAUAACACAAGUAUAAUCUUGCAAUAUACUUCAUAAAAUUUUCUUUGAGCUGUUAUUUACACACCACCUGCAGUAGGUAUCCAGUCUUAAAUUAGUUAGAUAUUCAAUAAAAAGACUUUUUAUAUGAUUUUUAGAGACAUGAAAAAGGGAGGAUAUUUACCGAAUAAUUGUUGUUAUAAUAUCAUCAUUCAAGGGUUUCUCAGGCAUGAGGAUUUACCAAAAGUAUCAGAACUAAUCAACGAAAUGGUUGAUAAGGGGUUCUCUGCUGAUGCUACUACCACAGAAUUGGUAGUACAUUUAUCGCAGAAUAAUGAUCUCAUUCUAAGCAAACUACGAAAUUGUUCUGAGGCUUCUAAAGCUGUGCAAUGAGGGAUCAACAAACUAAAGUUGUUAUAUCUUGACCGUUCAAUGGUGUCUUGGAGAGAAACUUGGUAACUACCUUCUUCAAAUGUAGUAGAUAUGUAAUUUAACUAACUUCAAAUUUCAUUUCUAAUUUCAAUCAGAUGUGAUUCUCUUCCACAAAACAAAAUUUCUAACACUGCAAAUUACCUGUGGUGGAAACCAUGAUAUCUGUGUGCCUUUCGCUUGAAUUCAGACAUGGACUAGAUCUCUUUGAUAUAAGAUUGUUGAUGAAUGGAGGUCAUGGAUUUCUAAUCAUCAAGUUGCUGGUACUUGCAAGGAUAUGACUACAACUUCACCUUUCUAACCAUAAAGGGUGCAGGAUAUACAGUCCCAGAAUACAAGGUAAGAGAAUCACUAGACUUCUACAGCUGUUGGAUGAAAUGUCAUUAAAAUUAUAGACAACAGAAAAUGUUAUGGGAAUUGAGGGAAAAGCAAAAAUCCUCUUUGUCACCUCUUUUUUUUUUUCUUUUUCUAGUCAUCAAGUUGGGAAUAUAUAUAUAUAGAUCCUUAAUUUCUUUUAUUUUCCUUCAAGUCAAAUUAGUGAUAUCAUUGCAUUAGCAUCUAAUAAUAUGAAGUUCACAAUCUUUUCCAAUGAAAUCAAUUUUUUAACAUGAAAAUUUGAAUUUUAGAAAUGCUUGUGGAAGGUAUAUAUAUAUUCUUCCCUUUGAGAUUCUUUACUUUGUGCCAAGUUGAUUGGAUGUACUGUUUGAGAUGUUAGUUAAGUUAGGCAAGAAAAGUUGUUUUGGUUGUUUCUUUUCUCCUUUCAGCAGUAUAUAAUGAGACAUCUUAUGUUUUUACCACCUUCUAAACCUUGUAAUACACUCAAUAAAAUUUUCUUUGGGCUCU